AUGUCCAGCACAAGCGAGUUUUUGGACAAAGGUGUGGAUCUAGUGAAAAAAGCCAUAGAGGCAGAUAGUGCCGCCAGAUAUGACGAGGCUUACAAGCUAUACUACAACGGAUUGGACUACUUGAUGCUCGCGCUGAAGUAUGAGAAGAAUCCCCGCUCUAAAGAAACGAUACGUGCGAAAUUUACAGAGUACUUGACGAGGGCCGAGCAGCUCAAGGAGCAUUUGGAUAAAAAAGGCCAGGAGGACCAAACUGGAGAGGCAAGUGCGUCAUCCGGGUCGGUCAAGGCGAAAAAGGCAGAUGCAAAUGCCGACGGCAAGGAUUCGGACGAUAGCACAGAUGCAGAAACGAAAAAACUUCGUGGUGCGUUGGCCGGAUCGAUCAUGACAGAAAAACCAGACGUGAAAUGGAGUGAUGUUGCCGGUCUCGACCAGGCCAAGGAUGCAUUAAAGGAGGCGGUGAUCUUGCCCGUGAAAUUCCCGCAACUAUUCACCGGGAAGCGGAAACCGGUGAGUGGAAUUCUCUUGUACGGCCCACCGGGAACGGGAAAGUCGUAUUUGGCCAAAGCUGUGGCCACAGAGGCCAACUCGACCUUUUUCUCGGUCUCGUCGUCCGAUUUGGUCAGUAAAUGGAUGGGUGAGUCCGAAAGAUUGGUGAAGCAAUUGUUCCAAAUGGCUCGCGAGCAAAAACCUUCCAUCAUCUUCAUCGAUGAAGUUGAUGCCUUGUGCGGACCCAGGGGGGAGGGAGAGAGCGAAGCUUCUAGAAGGAUAAAAACCGAGCUCUUGGUCCAGAUGAACGGUGUCGGAACUGAUUCCACCGGCGUUUUGGUUCUUGGUGCCACCAACAUUCCCUGGCAACUCGAUCCGGCCAUCCGGAGACGUUUCGAACGCCGAAUUUACAUCCCACUCCCCGAUGCCGAGGCCCGGGUCGAGAUGUUUAAGCUCAAUAUUGGUGACACACCCACAACUUUGACGCCGCAGGAUUAUCACACCCUUGCACAACUUACAGACGGCUAUUCGGGCCAUGAUAUCGCCGUUGUGGUCAAGGAUGCGUUGAUGGAGCCUGUGCGGAAGAUCCAGACCGCCACACACUUCCGUAAAAUAGAGAAAUCAGACUCUCAAGACUCGAAUUCAAGCCCAAGAUACCAGCCUUGCUCUCCUGGUGCACCUGGGGCUGUCGAAAUGAACUGGAUGGAGUUAGAAGGAGAUCAGUUGCAGGAGCCUGAUCUCACCAUGAAGGAUUUCAUAAAGGCUGUCAAGACCAACAAGCCAACUGUCAAUAAAGAGGAGCUCACGAGGUUUGUUGAGUUCACCAACGAUUUUGGUUCCGAGGGAAAUUAG